AUGCUGGGCGUGCUGCAGGCCGCCAGCGAGCGCGUUUUUGUGCCGAUGACUGUCGGCGGCGGCAUCCGCGCGUUCAGCGCUCAGGGCAGGAGCUACAGCGCCCUGGAGGUCGCCUCUGAAUACUUCAGGUCCGGCGCCGACAAGAUCAGCAUAGGCGGCGACGCGGUGGACGCUGCCGAGGAUUACUACGCGUCCGGGAAGAAGCUGACCGGUCAAACCGCCAUCGAGCAGAUCAGCCAGGUCUACGGCAAGCAGGCCGUCGUGGUGUCCAUCGACCCCCAGCGCGUGUACGUGUCUGACCCGGCCUCCACGCCCCACACCUGCGUGCCCGCGAGCGAGCCGGGCCCCAACGGCGAGGCGUGGUGCUGGUGGCAGUGCACCGUCAAGGGCGGCCGCGAGGCCCGGGACAUCGACGCCGUCGCGGUGUCCAAGGCGGUGGAGGCGCUGGGGGCUGGCGAGAUCAUGCUCAACUGCAUCAACAACGACGGCAAGGGGCAGGGCUUUGACCUGGCGCUGGUGGAUGCCGUGUCCAAGGCCGUGACCAUCCCUGUCAUUGCCAGCAGCGGGGCCGGCGCGCCGGAGCACUUUACCGAGGUGUUCCAGGGCACAGGCGCCGCAGCGGCGCUGGCAGCGGGCAUCUUCCACCGCAGGGAGGUCGGCAUUGACCAGGUCAAACGCCACAUGGUGGACAACGAUGUGCCCGCUCGGCUGUAA